CCUAAAGCACAGCACAGCAGCAGCCGCAGGUCGGGAGAUCGGGAGAGAGAGAGAGAGAGAGAGACCCCUCCUAGCUCGCCGGCGGCGGCGGCGUGCGGCGGCAGACCCGAGAUGGUGGCGGCGGAGGGCAAGAGGUGGCGGUUCGCGAUGGUGUGCUCGUCGAACAUGAACCGGAGCAUGGAGGCGCACUCGCAGCUGGGUCGCGCGGGGCUGGACGUGGCCUCCUACGGCACGGGCACCCACGUCAAACUGCCGGGCCCCUCCCUCCACGAGCCCAACGUCUACGACUUCGGCACCCCCUACGGCGCCAUAUACGACGACCUCCGCCGCAAGGACCCCGACCUGUACAAGAGGAACGGUCUGCUGCCGAUGCUGAAGAGGAACACCUCAGUGAAGCUGGCGCCUCAACGGUGGCAGGACAGUGCCGGUGAUGGGGUGUUUGAUAUGAUACUCACCUUCGAGGAGAGGGUCUUCGACUUGGUCGUUGAAGAUAUGAAUAACCGCGAGCCGAGGCUGAUGAAGAGCGUGCUUAUAGUCAAUAUGGAUGUCAAAGAUAACCAUGAAGAAGCUGGUGUUGGAGCAAAACUUGCUUUAGAUUUGUGCCAGAAGCUUCUAGGAGUUGAUGGUGACUGGGAAGAAAUCAUUGAUGACCUGAUUACUGCAUUUGAGAAGCAGCACAAGCGGAAGCUUGCAUACAGCAUUUCGUUCUACUAACUUGUAUAGUUACCUGUGCGUGUUACAGAGUCAGAAUCGUUCUCAGUUCAUCCCAUCUUGUGGAUGGUUGGUAACUCGGCAUUCUAGAAACUGAAGCAGGAACUUUGUUGCAGCGUUGCUCCAGUUCCACGUCAGCAUUCAAAAGGAGAUUGUGGAUCUUAACCUUAAAAAAAAAAAAGCUGUUCCUUCUCGUUUCUUGAUUGAUGCUGGAUAGUACAGAUGAUGAUCACACCAUCAUCACACCAUGCUGCAUCCAAGUGCUUUUUUUCCCUAUUAUUAUUAUUGUUGUUAUAUUAUUAUUAUUCUGAGUGAUGAGUGCAACGAAUGGUCCAUGCAAAUGAA